ACCGCUGUUUGCGGGGAUUUUCAGGGUACUUUGAAAAUAAAUAUACGGCCUUUGUUUACUUUCAUUUAAGCAAUUCCUUCAUAAGACGAAGCAUUAGUCAUAUUCUUUCGGCAAAUCAAUCAAAAAGGUGCAAAAGAGUAGAUCCUAAGUAAGAUAGGGAAUGUAAUGUUGAAAAUUUUUGUUGAAUAUUAAAAAGUGUGGCACGAAGCCGUUCAAGAGCAUUGAAGCCUAUAUUAACAAAUUCUCAUUGGUUCGGCGAUUCAAGAAGUGUGAAAAUAAUACAGCAGAGUUGUGAAGAAAUCUUACAAAAAAAAAAAAAAAGGAAUUAUCAAAAUUAUUAAUGGCUGGAGAAUAACGGUUUGUACAAAAACAAUUACAAUUAAAAACAUAUUGCGGUUAACUACUAAAUAGAGCUAAAAACAUCUGCCGAUAUCGCGCAUAAUUUUUAGGCACAAUGGCUGACGUAGAUGUAAUUUUGUACUGGAAUUGGACAGAGUUUUGCUCAACUGGGUUGAAACCAUUCGCCGGUAACUCCAAUGAUUUACUACCAUGCUUUCAGGAGAUUGUGCUGCAAAUCCCAAUCUAUACCAUAUUUGCCGCUAUCUCUGCUUAUAAUUUUGGCUCCCAUACGCGCAGCGUGCUGCGUGAUGUGCUGCAAUUGCGUCUUCUUUAUCUGCGUGUCGGUGUCACAAUUGUGCUGGCGCAACUCCCCCUCUGGAAGAUAUUCGUUUUUCAUCACACGGGAGUCCAGCUGUAUCCGGUCGAUGUGUUAGUUGUGGCGGCAGAAGGUGUGAUGUGGACUGUGCAUGUGGGCUAUUUGUUAUCAACGCGUCGUUUUGGCAGACUCAGCCAUCGCGGUUCACUUUGCAUGAAUGUGUCAUGGUUGGCAGUUUUUGUGUUGGACGUAGUGUGGUUACGCACCAGCAUUAAUUAUGACUGGUGGUCUUGGAGUUUGGUAACUGUGAUUUUCGAUCUUCUCUAUGCUUUAACGUUAAUUCCAACUGGAAAUGCGGUUUUGGCUACUCCACGAUACCCUGCUGGCAGAGAAGAUGAGUCGCUGCUCGGUAACCGCUACACCUACUUUCAUUUUGAUCUAAAUGAAACACAUCUCGGUCAUGCACAAGACGAAGCCAGCUACAUGUCACGCUUCAUUUUUAGCUGGGUGAAUCCGUUAAUAUCGAAAGGUGUUGUUGGUGGUCUCAAAAAAAUUGAAGAUCUAUUUGAUCUACCUGAUGCAUUGAACAUUUCGCGUUUAAGUGAACGCCUACAAAUUUGUAUUUCACAAUCUAAAACUUUGUUUUGGGCAUUGCACAAGGGAUUUGGACGCGAGUUUUACUUAAUAGGCGUACUACGAUUUAUAGCCGAUACUGCUGGGUUUGCGGGGCCACUGCUACUGGGUGGCUUGCUGAAACAGCAAACUCAAAAUGAUGACACCGAAACGAACUGGGUCCCUUACCUUUACGCACUUGGGCUAUGCGCGACAUCCUGGUUAUCUGCCAUAUGUGGCACCCAUUUCAUGUGGCGUAUGUCCAUGAUUGGCAUGAAAAUGAGAAUAGCGCUUGUUAGUGCUAUUUAUCGCAAAUCUUUGGAAGCACGUGUAUUAAAGAGUUCACGCCCGGAAAUACUCAAUCUUAUGUCAACAGAUACUGAACGAAUAGUGAAUUCGUGCAUCAGCUUCCAUUCCUUCUGGAGCAUACCUUUCCAGCUUUUUACCACUCUCUACUUACUCUACACACAAUUGGGAGCCGCCUUCUUGGCUGGCCUAAUUUUUGGCAUAGUGCUCAUUCCAAUAAAUCGUUUGCUGGCGUUACGCAUUGGCCAAUAUUCGCGUGGUCUCAUGUCGGCUAAAGAUUUACGUUUGGCUGCGACCAGCGAAACUAUGAGCGGUGCAAAGCAGAUCAAAUUGCAUGCGUGGGAAGAAAUAUUUAUAGAGCGGAUUCGUGGUUACCGCAAGGAAGAAGUGAAUUUCUUAAAAAAACGCAAAUAUUUAGAUGCGCUGUGCGUUUACUUCUGGGCCACCACGCCAGUGUUGAUGUCGUUACUCACAUUCGGUGCAUCUGUGCUGUUGGGUAAUCCUUUAGUGGCAGCAUCUACAUAUACAAGUGUAGCACUUUUAAAUAUGCUAAUUGGACCGCUAAAUGCAUUUCCUUGGGUGCUUAAUGGACUAAUAGAGGCCUGGGUGUCAUUGAAGCGCCUACAGGAACUUGUGGAUCUGCCUAAUCUGGAUUUCUCUACGUACUACAAUCCAAUUAUUAAAUCUACCGGCUACGGUAGCUCAAUGAAAUUGGAUGAAAAGCCAAUAGUAUUAGAGAUGAAAGCGGCGUCUUUCGAAUAUGUGAAUGGCGCAAAUGAUGGAAAUGACGAAUGUCAGCAACAAAAAUUUCGUUUGGAAAAUGUCAAUUUAACGGUGAAAAAGGGCGAUUUGAUAUGUCUUGAAGGUCCUGUCGGUGGCGGUAAAAGCGCUUUAAUCGAUGCCAUAGUGUCUGGCAUCAAUUGCACAUCGGGCACCGUAUGUGUGCACGACCUUACUUCGGGCUUCGGAUAUGUGCCCCAAACGGCUUGGCUUCAACGCGGUUCUAUACGCGAUAACAUAAUUUGGGGUAAUGUUUUCGACGAGCAGUGGUACAAAGCAGUUUUAUAUGCAUGUGCGCUGAACGAAGACCUGGAAUUGCUUGGUGGCGAUUUAAUUGGUAUUGGCGAAAACGGACGUACUCUAUCGGGCGGACAGAGAGCUCGCGUAGCUUUGGCGCGCGCCGUUUACCAGGAUAAGAAAAUUUAUUUGCUCGACGACAUACUCGCCUCUUUGGAUGCGCACGUCUCGCUUCACAUUAUUAAGUACUGCAUACUUGGCUUGUUGGAGGAAAAGACACGCAUUGUGGUGACGCGCAGUGUCACCUUGUUCUACCACGCACAUCAGAUACUCCACAUCGAGGACGGCAAAGUAACAUCCUACAAUACUCAAAACAUGCCCGAAAGUCUUGAUAUAAAUUUCGAUUUGGAUAUAGUAGCCACCGACCACAUAUACGAUUACACACGUCGGUCCUCGAUAGAUUUGGAUGACCAAAAUUCGAUUGAUAAAAAGAGCGUUGACAGUAUUAUGCUCGAGGAAUCUCGCGAAUACGGCAAAAUCUCGUUAAAUGUGCUGUCUUGUUACUGGCGAGCCAUUGGCACUCCCUUGGCAAUCAGCACAUUAACUUUCGUAAUACUUAUGCAGCUAACACGCAAUUUGUCGGAUGCGUGGCUGGCCCACUGGGUGACUGACACAACGCUGGAUCCACAAAAUAAUGGCACAAACUUGGAGUAUGUUGACAAUGUGUCACCACAGUCUAGUAAUCACACUGAGCCGCCACACAACACCGGCUAUUAUCUGGGCAUCUUUGCAGCGCUGGCUGUGCUAAAUUCGCUUGCGACAAUUGCGCGCGCUUUCCUGUUCGCUUUUGCCGGCAUAAAAGCCGCCAUAUUCAUACACGAUAAAUUGCUGCGUAAGGUGUUGUUUGCAAAAUUCAAUUUUUUCGAUAUCACCUCCGUCGGCCGCAUACUAAACCGCUUUUCCUCGGACACUUACACAGUCGACGAUUCUCUGCCCUUCAUACUGAAUAUCCUCUUGGCGCAAUUAUUGGGUCUCGCAGGUGCACUUUGCAUAAGUUUGUACGCCAUGCCCUGGUUAGGUCUGAUAAUCAUACCGAUGGUUCCCAUAUAUCUUAAUCUACAAUACCGAUACCGUUAUGCAUCGCGCGACAUAAAACGACUUUCAAGCAAUGCACUCUCACCACUCUAUACCCAUUUCACCGAAACUCUACAAGGUCUAGUCACAAUUCGCACAAUGCGUGCAAGUGCGCGCUUUCAGCGCGAUUUCCAUGCCAAACUAGAGGAGAGUAUAAAGGCACAAUUGACCGCCGCUGCCGCCCAGCAGUGGCUCAGUCUACGCUUACAAUUCUUAGGUGUUUUUCUAGUAGCUGGCGCUGGUUUUCUUGCUGCCAUAACCUCAGCACAUGUCACAAAUCCGGGUCUAGUCGGUUUGGCCAUUUCGUAUGCACUCUCAAUAACCGGACUGUUGGGUGGACUACUGAGUGCUGUUGCUGAAACUGAGCAGGAGUUUGUUGCGGUUGAGCGCGUGAAUGAGUAUCUGAAUUUGGAGGGUGAAGACAACGCCGAAGGCACAUGUGAUCCGCCAUUUGGUUGGCCUAGUCAAGGUGCAUUGAAAUUCAAAAACGUUGAACUGCGUUAUCGCGAUAAUUUGCCGGCAGCGCUGCAUGACAUCAAUUUGCGCACAGAAGCGUUUGAGCGUGUGGGCAUUGUGGGACGCACCGGUGCGGGCAAAACGACGCUGGUGGCGGCAUUGAUGCGUGUAGCGCCACUGAGUCGUGGUGAGAUCACUUUGGAUUGUGUGAAUUUGAAAACGCUGUCGUUAAAAGUGCUGCGCGAGCGUUUGGGCAUUAUACCGCAAGACCCAUUUCUCUUUGAAGGCAACGUACGCGAAAACCUCGAUCCACGCCACAAUCACUAUGACUCCGAAAUUUGGCGUGCACUUGCCAGUUGCCAUGCAGCCACGCAGCUGGUACAAUCGCUGGGUGGUUUGGAUGGACGCAUCGAGAAGGGCGGCACCAAUUUGUCGGCUGGUCAGCGACAACUUAUGUGUCUAGCGCGUGGACUACUCAAAAAUGCCAAAGUGGUGUGCAUCGACGAGGGUACCUCCAAUCUGGACGACGAAUCGGCUAUAGCCAUACAGCAGGCACUACGAAACGCCUUCAAGAGCUCAACAGUGCUAUUCAUAGCGCACAGAUUGCGCGGUCUACAACUAAUGGAUCGCAUUAUUGUAAUCGAACAUGGUGAGAUCAAGGAGGAGGGAACACCGCCUGAAUUGGCCCGCGAUACACGGUCACUCUUCCAUGGUAUGCUCCAAGCGCAGCAAAUCAGUGUAGAGGAGUUUUGUGCGAAUUAGUGCGAUUGUUGUAAUACAUAUUGUAGUAAGAGUGAUAAAUAUAUGUACGCAUGACAAUUUUGAACACAAAAUAUUUUUAAAUAAUUAAAGAGUUUCUACGACACAAUAAUUAAAUAAUUAAACUGAAAUGUAAUUAUAGUUGACGUAGGUUAGAUAAGUGGAUAACUUAUAACUGCAUGUUCCUGGUUUUGAUGAGGAACGAAACCGGAGAACGUAUGUAUAGAGAGUAGAUAUGUAUGUAAAUAUAUAUAUAGGAUAUAUAAAUAUGUAUGAAAUAUUUAUGAUAUGCAACUGACGCGUACAGCCUUGAAUAAGUAUUGAACCGAUCUUCUUCUUCAAUUUGUGGCGUGCGUGAUGACUUAAAAUUACAAUUUAUUGUAUUUAAUAUUGUAAAAAACCCUUUAAUAACCAAUGAAUGGCAAAGAUCAUAGGUAUAUUGAACUCAAAUUUAUUAAGAAAGCCUACAUAAUUAUUUUAAAUUAUAUAUAAAAAAUUAUAUAUAUAC